AUGGGUCGUAUGCACAGUGCCGGUAAAGGUAUUUCUUCUUCUGCCAUUCCUUACUCCAGAAAUGUUCCAGCUUGGUUCAAGUUGUCCACUGACUCUGUCAUUGAACAAAUCAUCAAGUACGCCAGAAAGGGUUUGACUCCAUCUCAAAUCGGUGUCUUGUUGAGAGAUGCCCAUGGUGUCACUCAAGCCAGAAUCAUCACCGGUAACAAGAUCAUGAGAAUCUUGAAAUCCAACGGUUUGGCUCCAGAAAUCCCAGAAGACUUGUACUACUUGAUUAAGAAGGCUGUCUCCGUCAGAAAGCACUUGGAAAGAAACAGAAAGGACAAGGACGCCAAGUUCAGAUUGAUUUUGAUUGAAUCUAGAAUUCACAGAUUGGCCAGAUACUACAGAACCGUCGCUGUCUUGCCUCCAAACUGGAAGUACGAAUCUGCCACCGCCUCCGCUUUGGUCAACUAG